CUUCUUUCAUGGCCAUAUUCUUCUGGUUCACUUGUUAACAUAAUCUUGACCUAAGCACCAUCACAGUUAUAACAAACUUAGUAUUCUAGUCUAUCCCUGCUAUCUAGUAUACCAUAUCCCUUCAACCUUCCCACAUAUUUAUAUCCUCGGUUCACGGCCAGAGCUAUCAUGGAACAUCUAAGAAAAUCAGCAUCCUCGAUGGUUUCUUUCGGACAGAACGUUAUUCGAGAACAUCCAAAAUCCCUAGCUGUUGGUAGCACAGGACUUGCACUGGCUGCAGCCCCUAUCACUGGCCCUGUAAUCUUAGGUGCCGUUGGUUUCAGUGCUACAGGGCCUGUUGCGGCUUCUCUUGCUGCAGCAUGGCAGUCUUCGCUUGGAGCAGUCCAAGCUGGGAGUCUGUUUGCCACCUUACAGGGAGCUGCAAUGGGAGGCGCUGCUUCGGGGGCAUUUACAACAGUUUCGAAUAUUGGGCUUGCAAUAGUGGGAUCCGCGGCAAUGGGAACACAAUUGACUGAUAAAAAAAAAAGAAUUCCAGGGGAGCAUGAUAAUGAAUAUUCUAGUGAAGCAAAAGAUCACGAAGAAAGUCCGCGACAGAUCUCUGAUACGGAUGACUCUCUAAACACAGAAUUUGCAAGAAUGCUUCGGAUUGACAUGUCUUGAGUAUGGUACUAGUGCCCAUAUCCUUUUGCAGUUGACUCCUUUAUGUGCUCCUCAAGAAUGGUGAUCGAAUAGGGGCCCGUGAUCAUUCAUGGUGUGAUAUGCUCUUGAGGCUUGCUAUGGUGACAAAGUACGAUGAAAAGUGGUGCUU